AUGGAUCAAGUAGGAGGAGAUGGGAAAAAAAUUAAAAUCAGAUCUUCUGAAGCGAUUCGUCAAGCUAGGUGGAUGGCUAGAGCUAUUUACUCUUUAAAAAUAGAUUUGUACAAAUCUCAAUUCAAAAUUAGCGCUAAUGAUAAACGAGUACUUCCAGACGUUUGUUUAUUCAUUACGGUUAUAUAUGUGAAACCAUGGCUUCAAUGUAAUCUAACGGUGAAUGCACCAAAUCAAGAUUUGUGCUUCUUAAAGAGGCUUAAGGAAUACGAACCUGUUGACAAGUUGAUCUCCAAAGCAGCCCUGAACAAGUUUACUCAACAUCCUUGGUACUUUUCAGAAGAAAUUGCGCCGUUCUAUCACUCUUUGAUGAUGAAGUUGAUGAACAAACCAAGGAAUAUAUUGUACUGA